GCGUAAAAACAUAGCAAACAUCCGGCUGGAAGUCGUGGCGGUGUACUUGAUGUUUCCAGGCACAUCGAAGGCUAUCUCUGCUCUACGCCUUCGAAUUGAUCUAACCUUAUAAUUGGAUUUAAUAGAAGCGCAUUCAAGAAAACACUGGAUUAUUGGAUCUACAUAUUUUUCCAUUGUAUGCCGCAUAGUCACGUACCGGCCAGGCAGGUGAACAGCAUAAAAAAGGCAUUGUCAUAAGUGUCAGAAAUGUCAGGAGGCAAAUAUCGUUCAACAAUUGGGGUGUUUUUUUCGUCAGUUAAAGUUUGCCAAUGUUCUUAUUGACAGUUUUCGACACGUACUUAUUAAGUAAUUGUGACAGUUGGCUGUUGUAAGAAAUUGGCUACAUAUAUAUCGGAGAUAGAUUACGUUCUAUUACUGUUUAUUUAUAUUUACACCGCUGUUGCCAUCGUAUGAAGUAUCUUUACCUGCAGUGGAAGGAUCAGCGAGACGCUUGACUUUAAUUAAUGCGCUGACUACAACAUAUGCAUUGUUUUAUUAAAGAAGUCAUUUUUCAUGGCACCCAUCAGCACUCAACACCAUGGUCAGUUGACCCCCGUUGUAUUUAUGUCUACCAUUAUCGUUUCCGGUUUAGUGUGGUUCUCAGCCGGAUACAGCGUUGUCCAAAUUAACAUACCACAAAGUUUAAUUUUACGCUGGAUUCGUCAAACCGAAUGCAAUCGCUUAGGCCCAACGGUUGGUCUGUAUUCUGCGGUCAACAGAAGUGACCAUGAUCCGGCUUAUUUGUGGUGUAAAAUUGUUGCCGAAAACGAAACAUCCGUGCAGUUGCGUGAAAACGGCCGGCUGAACGCCAUAUGGGCACUCAUAGGUUCCGGGAUUACUUUGGGUGCCACAUUCGGUGUUUGGAUUGCCAACUAUUUUGUCAACUGGCUCGGAUUCAGAAAGAUCUUUUUGUUGACAAGUGUGCUGGAGAUUGUGGGGAUUGUGCUCAGCGGGAUCACAGUUGCAACACAAUCAUACGAAAUUUUCAUUAUUGGACGAUUAAUUUUGGGAUUCGCCUGUGGUUUUGGCAGCGCUGCCGGUGGGGUCUACGUGGCGGAAAUCAGUCCAACAAACUUUCGAGGAGCACUAGGUGUUAUCAAUAUCGUGCUGUUUAGUACAGCUAUGCUUACGGCAGCAAUUUUUGGCUUACCUCAGCUACUAGGAACCGAAGCCCGCUGGACCCAUUUGUCUUGGAUAAUGUUACUGCCAAACCUGACCUUUCUUACCGCCUACCUGUUCCUCCCCGAAAGUCCAAGAUGGUAUUUUAAGAAGACCCACGAUAUAGACAGAACAAGCCAAAUACUUCAAAAAUUACGCGGAAAUCCGAAUGUCCAAGCGGAUAUGCGAUUAAUCGAAAAAGAAGACGAAGCAGCAAAGGAGGAUGGAGCGUCCGUUAAAGUGUCCAUCAGUGGACUUUUCCGGAAUGGCUUUCUCCGGCAGAACAUUAUAGUCUGCAUUGCCGCAAUCUGUGCGCAGCGUCUAACAGCCUACGCAGCCGUGUAUUCCUAUUCAACGGAUAUUUUUCGCCAGUGUGGUUUAUCCAGGGAAAUCGCAGCGUACGGAACAAUUGCACUUUUGAUACUACAAAUGUUGUUUGCCAUACUGGGUUCGUUUCUGGUCGACAAGGCGGGGCGACGAACAUUGCUGUUGGUUGGACUAUUCGGAUGCAUGGUGACCUUAUCAUUCAUGGUACUCUUUGCUGUCUUAACAAAAUAUGGAGUCUGCAUUGGAUGUCAGUACGGAAAUUUGGUGGCCUUGUUCCUGUUUAUCAUGUUCUACACAACCGGCCCGGCCAGUGUGCCCUUUGUGCUCGUGGCGGAAAUGUUCAGUCUUACAUCGCGGCAGUCCGCAGCUACACUGGUGAUGAUCUUUUGCCAAGCCGUAUCCGCCAUAGUUGCUGCUGUCUUUCCGGUGAUGCAAGUCAAUCUCAUGGAAUGGACGUUUACUGUCUUUGCUGGAAUCAUUCUUGCCUUGGCUACAUAUCUGGCGACGGCGCUUGUGGAAACGAAAGGGAAAACCUUUUUGGAAAUACAGGCGCUCUUGGAGAAGCGAUACUACAGUAAAAUGAAGGGCGAUAAAGGAAAUGGCUUCGAUGCACCUUUGACAGGAAACAAUUUACCUAAAAUUCAUCCACACCAGAAUUAAUUGCCCAAUUUCUCUUCCCCUUUUCGAGUUAGUUAGUUUAAUCAUAAGUAGCUCUGGUGAAUUUUUUUGACGUAGUAAUGUUCUGUUUCGCAUUGAUCUGAGUAAGAGUACCUUUAAUAAGCAGCCCAGUAGUUACUUUAUGUCACAAUCAACUGAAUCCGUUGUGUCGAACAGAGUAUCGAUUGACGAAUUGUAAUUACAAAGUCGCGCGCCAGGUUAAUGAUAAACGAGCUCUGUAACCGGCCAGUAAAAAUGUGAUUAAUGAUGGGUGUGGGUCUGCUAAGCAUAAAA